UUUGCGGUCCUGGGAAGGAUUCGGGGGGAUUUCGCGCUGUUUUGGGCGCUUUUCGAAGCUCAGGAGUAUUGCUCUUAUGGUUUUAAUGUGGAGUUAUGGUGAGGGCGAUAGUUUACGCGAUCAAAAGUUUCAUUGUUUGGAGUGGUCGCGUGUAUUGCUCCGCCAUGACACUUGUUGUCGCCCGUGAAUCACGUCGAAAAACAUUGGCUUAGCGUGCGAUUGGAAGAUGACUCGGUCCGAGUGAAAGUGUUCCAUGAAAAUGUAGAGGCGACUGCGUGACGUAGCCAUGGCCCGUUAUGGGAGCGACGCUGCCACCGAGACCAGCCGUCUGUUACAAACUCUGAGCCUGUGCAAGGGCAGCGAGGCCGCCCACCCCGGCGCUGGCAUGGGCGGCGAGGGCGGCGCGGCGCCCAGGGAGGCCGGCCCAGCGCACCAGGACGCCUCGGGGUACGGCCGCAUACUAUCGAGAGCCUGCUCAAGGAGGGCACGGAGGCCCCCGCGCCGCACCCGCCGCCGCUCUACAAGGUGCUGGACUCGCGGAGUGUCAUCCAGGCGUCCAAGUUCGCCACGCCCAAGCAGCCCGACCCCGUGGUGGUGUCGAGCGGGUCGUCGUCGUGCGCGGCUGUCAACGGCGGGUCGUCCGCCUCGGCCCCUGGGCUGGUCACGGGCCAGACGGCCGCCCCCGCCCCCGUGGGCUAUGCUCACAUCACGCCCACCACAGCGGCUGCGGGCAAGAGUGGGCCGGUGGUGAACGGGGGCACGCCCCAGAAGCCCGUCAACGGGCAGUCGCUCUACUCUGGCCACGUGCGCUAUGAGCCCCCGCCCAUCUACGGGAGGAACAACCUGAACAGCUCUGCUCACUCGAGCCCGCGCUCCAGCCUGAGUGGCGGCAGUCACGAUUCUCAGACCUCGGGGCAGCACGCGCAGCAUCCGCGAACCAUUCCACAAACUCUGACUCAGCAUUCCAAUGAAUUUGUUGUGAAUCCUAAUUUUUUAGGGCAGCUACAUACUUACGAAAAUAUUAAUGCUUAUCACCACUAUGGACCACAGGGUAGUUUAGCUGCUACCAUUAUAGAAAAUAAGUAUGCCAGUCCACGCUCUAGUAUAAGUUCACAGGACUCAAAGCAUUCCAGCCCAAGAAGCAGUUUUGUACAUUCCUUGCAAGGUUCUAGUCUUGACAGGACAAGUUUAGCCAGUCAAACCAUUUUAGAAGAGGGAAGUUUGCAUAGGCCUACUUUGUCAAAUAGACAUUUACCACCGCGUAUCGAACAGGAUUUGGAAGGAAAGCAAUUUGUGAUCCCUAGAAACAAUGCUUAUGUUCAGGAAAAUGCACGACACAGUUCACAGUGGAGUGUGAGUAGUGACUCAGUCAGACACAGAGGAUUAUAUUACGACGCGCUUCCACCUCCUCCUGUCCCCCCCCAAUCACUGACCCUGACGAGACCCACACACACCCCAGUAGCAACACCCAGUCCCACUGCCCUCCCACCUCCCCCGCCAUAUCCUGGAAAACCACCGAGUUUAAAUUCUGUGUCGUCCACAGAUGCUAGUGACUCCUCUGCGUCUCUUGGAAUUCCCCGUACAACCUCUGUCGUUUACCCGCUAGUGACUUCCAAUCAUAAUUAUGCAAACAUUGAAGUGUUAAAGAGUGUUUAUGGGGCAGAUCCUCCUCCCCCACCGCCGUAUCCCUCGUCUCUUGUGCGGCAGUUUCAGAAUUUGAACCUGACUUACUCCCAGGCGCCUUUGGGCACACAUUCUCCCAUUCCAUCAACACCCUCGACGCCUUCUACUCCUUCAACUCCGCAAAGUCUGCUGAGGAGUGGUGGGGCUCCUCCCCCUCCCCCUCCGCCAUAUCCGUCCUCAGUGGUCCGGGCAGCUCAGCAGCAGUUUGUUGCCCCGCCACCGCCACCUCCGUACUCAUCUUCAGUCGUAAGGAGCAUCACGCCCAUUCAGUCAUACAUACCCACCACGAUAAUCACUGGACAGAUUGCUCAAGUGCCACCACCACCACCCCCAUACCCUUCUUCGGCAGUGCGGAGCGUAGCCUCAGGAGUGAGCUAACUCCUCCAACACCCCAAGCGACCGCCUGGCACAGUGGCAGAACAAGCUGGGCAGCAGUGGACAUAGCCAGGGUGCACCACCAUCCAACAUGUCCACUGUCUCUCCAGGGGUGACGACAGGGCACGCCCAGAUGCCCCCCAAUCCCUCGACCACCCAGAGCACAGCCAAGACUACUGUCAGCGGGAAAAAUCUAUUGCCCUACAAUGUUACAGCAAAGUCCAUGGGCAUGAGUGAGGCGGAGCGGAAGCUGGAGGCCCUCACGCGUAUAUGUCACACGUGUGGGGACAAAGUGACAGGUGCAGGACAGGCGUGCCAGGCCAUGGGCAACCUGUACCACACCAACUGCUUCAUCUGCUGUUCCUGUGGCCGGGCGCUGCGGGGCAAGGCCUUCUAUAAUGUCCAUGGCAAGGUCUACUGCGAGGAAGACUACCUCUACUCUGGCUUCCAGCAGACAGCCGAGAAGUGUGCCAUCUGUGGCCAUCUGAUCAUGGAAAUGAUAUUGCAGGCAAUGGGCAAGUCUUAUCAUCCGGGUUGCUUCCGUUGCUGCAUCUGCAACGAGUGUCUGGAUGGUGUUCCCUUCACAGUCGAUGUUGACAAUAAGAUCUAUUGUGUACAUGACUAUCAUAGGAUUUCCACGUAGAUUGUUAUGUUUGUGAGAGCUGUGGGAUGCAGUUAACGGACGAACCAGACCAGAGAUGCUACCCUCUCGACGGACACCUUUUAUGCCGCAAUUGCCACUUACACCGCCUCCACGCCAUGGGUCGCACCACCUCCAACAUUCAGGAUGUUGGUGCGACUUAUGUAGAGUAAAGGAAGACCGUGUGAGAGCAAGAGGAAGACACUGAUACACUGUAGGAAGAACAACCCUUGCUUUAAACUGAGGAGGACGAAUAGCAAUUAAGAAAUACAAAAUGAAAUAUUUUUUCUCUUUAAAAAGCCUAUCGUGGACUUCUUUGAGAGCUGCAAAAUCCCUCUUUUGUGUAUGUCUUUUAUCUGAUUUGAAUUCUGAUUUCUGUAGUGUAACAUCAGUGCUUUUUUAUCCGUAGUCAAGAAACGGAGACUUCUCUUCUGUGUAAUUGUAUUAAAACCCCUGGAGAUAAUUAUGUAUGCAUCAGUGUCCAGAGACGUGUAAUUAAGUGCUGUAUUCUUUCUCAUGAUCGUCCUUCAUGAAUGUUGACGCUUCUGACUCCAGUAAUUCUAGUUGUCUGUUCCUACCGUUUGCAAGUUUCUGCUUGAUGGAAUAUUGGAUUCUGUUCCGAGUAGAGUUGAAGCCUCAAUGUAUGUAACCAGUAAGGAUAUUUGCCGUUCAUUUGCAGUCUGUCAAUUUUUAUUCGCAAGAUAUUCUGCUUCAUUGCCUUCACAGAGUAGGAGUAAACAAGACGGAAAUAUUUUGCAGCCUCUCUUUGCUGUGAUUUGAUAUAGUAUUAUGAGGUUUCUCAGAAUUUCCGUUACAUGCCCCUCCCAUAUAUUUUUCUUUUUAAAUUUUUUUUCCUGAAAAAUAGUCUGGCUUCAUCAGACUGCUUGUGUCAUGCUUUGGCUGUUCUGUUUAAUACAGCCAUUUAUCUGUGUUGGGUAGAAACUGUUCCUGGAAAAUGUAUAUAAAAUUAUAGCUUCAGGUGCAUUUAAUGUGAAAAAGUUGUACGGAGUGA